GGUGUCCUGGAGGGCAGGCAGUGUGCCCCCGGAGAUGCGUUGGGAAGACCGCAACACCCUCUGGAGAGCCCUACGGUUGCGGGCGGUGCAGUGGACAGGAGGGAACUGAUCCUAGAUCAGCACUCCCACCUUGAGACGCUUUAUGAAUACGGGCCCAGAGGUCCAAUUUGUAUUACAAUGCCACUCCUUUGUGGCUGCCUCGGCACUAAAAAUGUAUUUGUAGAUGGUAGAUUUGGAGAAAUGGUUCAUGGAAAACGAUAGUGUUAUGAGGAAGGGAUAGAGGUAUUAGGUACAGGGGCAAGAGUGGAGCAUAACAUCUUAUACAAAGCCUAAAGAGCUGAAUGAAAUACAAGAGCUGAAUAAACAGAAAAAAUAAUGUUACUGUGAUUGCAUGAUUAAGGGCUCGAUUAAUUCAGAUUCAUGCUAGCCGACACCCGUAUAGCUGGUGUUUUGACGGUGUCAGAGGAGGAAGCGUUUUAGACCUGUCAAAUCCACAAGCAACUCCAGGUGUGGUGACACUGAUGGUUUCUCAGAACUGAUGGCUUCUACAGUUGUGGCGAGAGUACAGCAUUUUAGCUAAGCCUAACCCUUCUCCAAACCUUACCCUAAUUCUCCUAACCUGAUAAUCCAAUUCUCCUAAACUGAUAUUUUAAAACUGCUAACCUGCUACGUUAAUUCUCCUAACCUGCCACUUUAAUUCUCCUAACUGCUACUAUAGAGCCAGUGACUUUUGUGCUUCACACCAGAGUAACAUAGUCCCAGCACAAUAAUCUUCUCUUAAACUUUGCUCUGCUUGUGUGUCUACAGCUGUAGAGUAAAUGGCAGGACCCUUAUUUAAUGUCUCCUCUCAGAUAAAUAAUGUGUUUGUGGAUAAUCAUGGAGUUGAGGAAAAUGAAUUUAGGCCAUCAGUUGCCAUCAGUCCUCUGUUCUUCAUGAGAAUGUUCUACAGGGAAACAACAACCUGACUCUGACUCCUAUCAACCUACCUCAUUAGAUGGAUAAUCUAGACAGACUGUGUCACAAAUGGCACCUUACCCUAAAUGCAACAUAACUUGGCACCCUUUUCUCUAUAUAGUGCACUACUUAAGGUAUAAUUUUGAACAUAGACAUAGUCUACAACAAUUUGCCAGUAGAAAACAUCCAUUAGAAUUUCCUGUCCUGCACUGAGGAAAUCUAACAGUUAAGGGGAGGAGUGUGUGGGCCUAGAGAGGGGUCAAAUUCCUCUGACAACAAGGGGGCGGGAUUGCAUACAAAAUAACGGGGCACACAAAGAGUUCAGGGGCGUUGGUGGUUUUUCUCUGAAUUUCGUCAAGGAAGUCAAAAGUAGACUUCUUUAAAGAUUAUCGAAGAUUUCAGAGAUCUUAAUAGCAUCCAACAGUUAUGGCAGAUGAAGAGGCUGUUCCUGGUGCAGAGGGUCCACUUGUCGCAGUGACAUUUCAGAGGAAUCCUCACCAAAAACAGAAGUACCUGGAGUCUCAACCCAAAGCACUGGGGGUGACUCAGAUUGCCCUCAGUGUGUUCUAUAUCAGUUCUGUCAUUGUCAUUCUCACCAACGGCUUGAGCGAAGUGGUUCUAGACCCACCACAAAUCAUUGGAUCAGUGUUUGUGAUCAUAGCUGGUUGUUUGGCCAUAGCUGCACAUAAUCUCCAUCUUCCCACUCUGAAGGCCUGUCUGGGGAUGCAGGUAGUGGCCUGUGUAGCAUCAGUGUUCAACUUGAUCGUCUCUGUGGCAAGAAUGGAAGCACCCAAUUAUGGCUGUUGGAAAUAUGGUGACGGGAACCUCACUGAUUACUACAAGACUUGUGUUUUAUUUAAUAAUUCUGCUACUCAUUACUUUGCUGAGUUGAUCCUGAUACAAACUGCUAUCAUCGCUAUCUCUGUCACGCUGGCUGCCUACUGCUGUAAGGUGGUCAACUGCUGCUCCCCGGGACCACGAAUGCCGGUGAUCACAGUCCAAGUUCCUACUGCUCAGCAAUGAGGAGAGAUACCGUGUGAGGACCUAUCGAGACAAGCGAUCCAACCCCUUAAUCAACCAGCAAAAACAUUCUUCCAUCAACUGACAUAUUGUAGGCCUAUAUGCCUACACGUAUGUCAGACCGAUGGAUUUCUUUUUUUUAUUUUUUAUAAAAAACUGCUUGGCAUGAUGUAACCUAAUGUGAUUAUAUUUUAUUAGGGGUCCUAGCAGGUUGGUAGAACUGUGAUGGAAAACAUUUUGUUGGUGCUUUUCUAUUUACCAAUUUCUGUGUUCUAUGUUUGUGCUUUUCUAUAAACUAAUUUAUAUGUUCAUGCAAGUGACUGAUUAAACGAAUCCUCACUGUCAGUAUCUGCAAUUUGGCAGUACACUCAGAUCCUUGUUUAGGGAAAGGGGUUCAAGGUCUCAGCUUAGAGAGAAGAAGCCUUGUGAGGUAUUGGUCUGUCACAUGCAUGGCCCAGUAUUGGUUGUCACAUGAAUGAAGCAAACAUUAAUUAUGAAUGAUGAAGAAGCUAAAUCAUGCAAAUCUAACUUUUCAGUAUAUAAGGGAACUAACGGGACUGCCCGUUAGAGCUCACUUCAGACCGGUACUUUAUGCAUCUAAGUUUGACUGUGACCUCUCCAGCUUGCUGACAAUAAAGAGUGAUUCAUUGAUAAUU